AUGAGAGUUGUGAACCGAAAAUACCUACCAUUUACAGCAUUGGCUGCCGACGAGCCUAAGAAACGCAACAAUUUAGAACCCGAUCUCUUAGCUGCAGACCAAUCAGAAAAACUUCAGAGAUGUCUGACAACCAGAGAUCUCGUCUCAUUAGGAGUUGGCAGUUGUGUGGGCACAGGCAUGUAUCUAGUAUAUGACCCGUCGGUGCGAACGGACGCCCACUCGCACCACAAUAUUGUGCAUUCGUUUCCUUUGCUAUUGGCAAAUCGAUUGUCACACUAUAACUUCUGCAACAAUUAUAAGUCAAACAUGCGUUUAAUGUUUGUUCCCAACACUUGA